AUGACUCGACUGAGCAACGGCGACAUGGCCACGGAUUCCAAGCGCGAUUCUCCGAAGUUCAGCGAGCUUCUACACGCUGCUUCGCACUCCCCUGACAGCAAAGACGUCCGGGACAUGUGGUCUUCCGGGUACCCAAGCACGUCCGAGACGGACAACGACGAUGACGAAGAGGAAGAGGAAGACCACGACAUUGAAGACCACGACAUUGAAGACCAAGAUGACAGUGCAAUGGAAGCGUUCCACAGCGGGACCACUGCUGGUAGUGCCUGCCGCUCUCCUGGAUCUCUGACUUCCGGUCGUAGUCGUGGACCACGUCCAACCCAUGAGAAAGGAUUCGACGAUGCCAUGCUUCGCCUGGUUGUACCAGUAGUGCUGUCAGUCACGGCCUCUGCGCGCAACAUGGCGGUGGGCGGAAGUGCAAUGAAGAAGGUUGCAACAAGCACGUGGCUUCCGGUGGCUUGUGUCGGACGCAUGGAGGUGGGCGGCGCUGUCAAGUUUCCGACUGCAGAAGCAGUGCCCAAAGUCGAGGUUUGUGCUACGUCCAUGGCGGUGGAGGGCGUUGUCAACGAGAAGGAUGCGGGUCCAGUGCCAAGAAAGGCGGUCUUUGUAUCGCACACGGCGGAGGCCAUCGCUGUCAAGUCGUCGGGUGUGCAAGCAGUGCCGUGA